AUGGUGUCCUCUUCAGUGCCGGGGCAUCCAUCACCCUCAGAGAUGCCCGUGCCUACCGAGAUGCCUUCAAGCCCCACGAUCGCUGUGAGAACUGCGGCUUCGAAGGUUGAUGUCUCGACUGGGGAACCAACGCAGUUCUCAGGCAUUGCCAUGCACUCCUCGGCCAUGGUCUCCUCCGCAUUGGCGCUGUCACCAUCAGACCUGCCAGUGCCGACAGAUCUGCCAAGCCCCACCUCGAUUGCAUGCGCGGCAGCCGCUGGAGAGCCAACCCUCUUCUCAGGUGAGCGUGCAGCACAGGCAGAAGAGAUGAUCCCGCCCUGGCAGGCUUCAGGGCUCCACUCUUCGGCAAUGGGCCCCGGCUCUUCGGCGCCAGAGUCGCCCUCCGAGAUGCCAGUGCCCACAGAGAUGCCCACCAGCCCUGCGAUGGACAUUGGAGAGGCACCACUACCUGUGCCCAUUGCGCCCUUGUCUGAAGGCGAAGAAGAGGCAACGGUGCAAGAGGCCGAGGUGCCAAUGCCGUUGAGGUCCGCAGGCCUUCACUCUUCAGCCUUGGUCUCGUCCUCGAUUGGGUCACCCUCCGAGAUGCCUGUGCCCACCGAGCUUCCCACCAGUCCGGUUUCGGAGACCGACGAGGUCGAGACGGUGCAAGAGCCCACGAUUUUCUCAGGCGGUGAGCCCACGAGACAGGUGCCUACCCGCCUGUCUGAGCCGACCAUCACCGCGACGGUCACUCGUCGUCCUGCUCGCUUGAAGCCACCGUCUUCGCCAGUGGACAUGGUUCCCUCCCAGAUGGCUUCGCCCACAUCGCCCCAUGGAGUAGAGGAGGCGACUCUGGAGACGGUACCAGUGGAACAGCCGGUGACGGUCAUGGAAUCGGCAGGCCUGGUGAGUGCCUCGGUGGCAUCGCCCUCCGAGAUGGCGGUGCCCACGUCCGUGCCAACACCUUCCGAGGAGGACGAUCCUGAGCAGAUUCCGGAACCCACCGCUGUGCCGGUACCAAGGCAAGUGGAUCACAUGUCCUCCUCGGCAAUGUGGAUGUCUUCUUCAGCCAUGAUCCAGACCAGCAGUGGGGUUAUGCCAUCACCCACGGAGAUGCCGGUACCCACCGAUUUGCCCUCGCCCACUUCUCCAGCUGUGGAGCCCACAGCCACCAUUCCCACGGCGACGGCCCUGACCAUGGACACACGGGCAACAGCCACGCCCACUGCGACGAGACGCGUGCCCGGCACCGAAGUGCCCAAGGAGACUCCAAUCCCUCAAUUUUCGAGCGCCAUGGCGGUCAGCUCGACGGCGGUCGAUAGCCCUUCUGAGAUGCCAGUGCCAACCGAGGAGCCAGAACCAACCUCACCGGCGGAUGAGGAGGAGGAAGAGUUGUUGCCUGUCCCGGAAGUGAGUAGCGCCGCGGGCUCCGAGAGUGCCGUGCCAGUGCCCACUUUGGUGCCGACCAACACCUUGACUGCCACGAUGUCCUCGCUGGGAGUGCCAACUCUGAUAGUUGAUGAUGAGGAGGCCCCACCCUUGAUGGAGAGUGCGAUGUUGGCGCCUGACAGCGCCCUGCAGAUUCCAUCACCUGAUGAUGUGGCUGUUCCGACGGAUGUGCCAUCACCGACGUCAGUCGCAGCUCCGGUGGAUGUUCUCAGCGAAGAGGAGACUGCGCUAUCAGCGCCGCCCAUGCUUGAGGAGCCAGAAGCGCCGGCCGACUUCCCUCCCCCGAUGCCCGAGAGCGCGCCCAUGUCGUCAGCACCUUACAGUUCUCCAUCAGCUCCACCAUCACCGGAAGUCAUGGCACCCCCAGUGGAGCCGGGCCCACCAGCGGAGCCGCGCCUGCCCUUUGAGCCGGGCCCACCAGCGGAGCCGCGCCUGCCCUUUGAGCCGGGCCCACCAGUGGAGCCGCGCCUGCCGUUCGAACCGGGUGCACCAGUGGAAGCCCGAAGCCGCGGGCGGUACGAGCCCUAUGGUCCACCACCGGUGGCGCGGGCACGUCGUUACCAGGGCAAAGGAGAAGUCCCCGACCGAGCUACCGGUGCCCACGGACAAGCCAUCGCCCACCUCUCCAGCGCAACAGGCCGGGCAAAGGCUUCGCACGGCGAGAUCUUGCGGUAUCGCGCGUGGGGUGUGGGUUGGUAUAGGACCGCUCAAGAGACUGUGCCCACACGCGAGGUGGAGGAGAAGUCCCCGACCGAGCUACCGGUGCCCACGGACAAGCCAUCGCCCACCUCUCCAGCGCAACAGGCCGGGCAAAAGGCUUCGCACGGCGAGAUCUUGCGGUAUCGCGCGUGGGGUGUGGGUUGGUAUAGGAGUCGGAUUCGUACCGUGAACAGGCUGCUGACCGAAGAGGCCGUUUCUGGGGAGGAUGCAGUUGCCACGAAGGGCGCUGUACCCAAAACGCUUGGCAACUUGAAGCACAACAAGCACGUCAUGGGACCAGUGCUCCGCAGACUUUCUGGGAACCAAGACAAAGUGCCGUGCUUGCAGGAAAGUUGGGAGGAGCUGGCUCGUAAGGCUGAAGAAGCAGCAGCAGAUCUGUCCCAACCAGUGCCCGCCGAAGCUGCAGCCCCGAUAGCUGCAAGUCCACAGGCUGCUGUACUUGCCGGGGCAACAACUCGAGCUACGGCAAAACAGCCUGGUCUGCCAAAGGCCGCAGGCCCCAAGUCCUCGGAGACACUGGUUGCACUGGCAUUGCGGCGGCAGUACCUCAAGGAGCUGUUCCUUGAUUGCAUCAGCCAUGGGUGGAGUAAAUAUAGCCAGGGCCCCUUCCGGCUCCUGGUUUUGCAGGGAGAGUGUGGGAUGGAGGGAUUGCGCGCGUCGAUAUGUUCUCCUGCUGAUAUGGCCCAGACCUUGCCAAUGGAUAUCUUUCCCUUGGAUGAUGCUGCGGGUCAGGCUGCCAAGCUCCAAGUGAUUGAACACAGUGCGGUGACAGCUCCGCAGCCCAAAGUUGAGUUGCCACCAGUUCCAGCUGAAGCUGUGACGGCUUUGCAGCCCAAAGUUGAGUUGCCCGCUCAAGCUGCGACGGCUCUGCAGCCCAAAGUUGAGUUGCCCCCAGUUACAGCUGACGCUGCCACGGCUCUGCAGCCCAAAGUUGAGUUGCCACCAGUUCCAGCUGAAGCUGCGAUGGCUCCGCAGCCCAAAGUUGAGUUGCCCGCUCAAGCUGCGACGGCUCCGCAGCCCAAAGUUGAGUUACCCACAGUUCUAGCUGAAGCUGAAGGUUUCUUGGAUAAGGAGGCAGCCAUGGGCAACUCCCAGGAAAACUUUCGCCGUGGCCAACUGCAAAUGCGGAAAGAGGAGAAGGAAGCAGCUGAAGCUGAAAAGGAGGCCCGCAAGGAAGCCAAGCUGUCGGAGCCCACAAAGGAAAAGAAACCCAAAGGGCGACCUCGCAAGACGCCGGAAGAGGUGGAAGCAUCUGCGCAAGAGAAGCUCUUGCAGAAACGUCAAAAGAAAGAGGAAGCUGCAGCUGCCGCGCUUGCCAAGAAGGAGGCCAAGAAGAAAGAAGCGGAAGAGGAAAAGGCUGUGAAGGCUGCCAAGCGCAAAGGGGAUGGGGACAAAAGUGCUGAUGGUGGUGAGGAGGCUCAGCCAAAGAAUGUGGGGAACAAUGGCAAGUCGCGUAAGAGGCUUCGGCGCCAUGAGUUCGUGCUGGACAAGGCAAUGGAGCAAGAGUUCCUCGAUCUCAUGAAGAAAUACCAGGACGCACCGCCCUACUCCAAGGAGACGGGGACGAUGCACCAACAGACCCUCGCCGCAAUUCAGAUAUAUGAAAGCCGGUUGAUCACUCCCUACUGGACACGCCCUGCUGUGGGUCUGAAGGUCAAGGAAACGAAGAAGCAAAUCUUCUACUUCUCGAUCGCUUUCCCCACAAUUGCUGAAUGGGUGGAAAGUGAUGAGGCAGAAAACCACUUCAAGAUGAUCCAGCUGACUGCCGCCAGUGCCUUGGACAAGUUCAAUGCUGAGCUGUCCACGAAGCCCGUGUGA